AUGGCUGCCUACCCGAUCCGGCUUCUGUACUUCCUCUUGGCAGGUGCUGCUGCAUCAUCUGCGGCGGCAGGCGCUGAAGAGGUUUCCUUUGCACUGCGCGGUGCGGGUCGUCCUUCCGAGUUGGAUGUUUCUAGCACCGAUGCCCCUGGUGCGAGCAACAAGGAUGCGGGUCCUCGGCAGCUUCUGCUGGAAGUCCACUUCUGCGAAAACACUCUGAACUUCCUGGAUCCCGACAACAUCCACCCAAUUUGGACCGAACCUUCGUGGACACAAGAAGGUGGAGUUAUUUUCUUGGCUGUGUACGUUGGCAUCACCGCGGUCAUGAUUCUCUUGGCCUGGGUGCUUGACUGCCGUAGAUCUCCGGUGUUGGAGCAGAUACGCGAUGCACGGAAAGAAGCUAACUCGGUGCACCAUGGCGAGGGAGGGGCCCUGAAAAGGAGCUUGAUGGAGCGCUACGGCACCAAGGCAGAUCUGGUUUCCGAGGUGCUGGAGCAAAUCACCGACAAGCAGGAAGAGGAGAAGAUCAACAAAAGGAAAGCCCAACUGCGGCUGCUGUUGAAGCCCGAUGCAGACGAAGCCAGGAAGAAAGCGAUCGCUGGGGUUCUCGCCCGCUUUUGCGCCCGUUUCAGCCUGAAGUUUUAUUUCGCAGGGUUAGAACCUGCAGCCUUCCGGUACAUUCGAUCGGAGGAGUUGCAGUCAGAGGGCCAGGCUGCAGUGCAGGAGUUCCUACUCCUGCCACAAUGGCAGCAGGCUCGGAUUGCAAUUGUGAUGUCGAUCCGGCUGGUGGUGGGGUUCAUGCCGAACUACGCGCUUCCCCGGACAGCCCGGGUAGCGGCCACUUUGGUGCAGGGCCUGGCGGCAGCUGCAACUGCUUGCCUGAUCUCCUCUUACAUGGGAUGGAAGGUCGGUCGAUCUGGAAAGUGCCAUCCGGCUGACCCUUUGCAGAGGUAUUUGCGAGAAACCUGCCUCGCCUUGGUAUGCGUGAUCAUCCAGGAGUUGCCUUACUAUGCCAUUCUGGGGAUUCGCCGAGAGCGGUUUCUUCACGCUGGCUGGAACAAGGCAGCUUUGGCCUGCUGCUCCUGGUUCAAAAGGCGAGUCUUCUGGUUCUUCAUGAACCUUUGGUUCCUUUUGAGCGUGUUCUUCAUCAUCCAGUUUCUGGCGACAUCCAGUGCGGAAGAUGGUGACCACUGGAUGUUCGUGGUGUUCAUCAUUCUCAUCAUUGGCAAUGUUCUGAAGCCGCUUGUUCAAAGCUGUUGCAUCAUGGCUGUCUACAUCAUGGCGAACCAGCUGGGCAUGGCCCUUGUUUCAGACGAGAUUCACAACUGUCUGCGUGCUACUCAUGCCAAUGAACUGACUAACGAGGACUUGGAGGAGUUGGACCGGAAGUUCCUUGGGCAGCUGUUGACCUUUCAAGGUGACGCAGAGGAGGAGAUAGGCAAGAAAAAGAAGAAGAAAAAACGCAACGGAGCUCAAGAAACAAGCAACUUGGCUGAUCAAGCUGCAGCUGAAGGAAAUAAGCCAAAGGAUCCCGGCCAGGAGAACGCGCUUUCCGAGGCCGAGGCGAAGCCUUCGAUGUUGGAUGAAAUCAUCCAGGCGGACAUCGAGGCUGCAGAGAAAGCCGAGAACGAGCAGCCCCAGCCUCGUCCGGGCGCUCCUCGAAAGGGAUCGAGCGGGAACAACGGGCGCCGGUCACUCAACGGGCGAGGGCCGACAGGCCAAGGAGGCCAAGCAGGCGAAGCAGGCGAAGGUGUUGAUGAACUUGAAAUGGACGAGGAUGCUGAGCAGGCUGGAGAGGCCCUCGACGAAUUUGUGCCCUGGACCCCUCUCCAGUCAGAAGGGAGUCAAGGUGAUAAAGAUGGCAACGAAAUCUACCUUUCUCCUGCCUCGGAAAACAGAGACUCCAAAGGAGCAGAAGCGCAUGUGGCAGAGCAGGUCCACAAGUAUGCCUACAACGCCGAACGCCUCCGCCUCGGUGGCAAAACUAUCACGGAUGUGGUCGCUUUCGGGCACCUGUCGGAACACAGCUACAAGGACAAGAAGGACGAUCGCAAGCUGCAGCUGGAGCAGGCAACACUUAGGAUGCGGCUGGCAAAGGCCAUGUCGCUGGCUCAUAUGCGAUUCGGCGAGAAUCCAGAGCCCGCGAGCGACGCCGAGAAGGCGGCGUUGAAAGAAGCGCGCCAGCUUCUAGCAGAGGUGCUGACAGUCAGCGAGGCUCUCAACAACGACUCUGUCAAAUACGAGUGCAUGAAGAUGAACCUGCAGGUAUGCAUCCAGGAUGAGGAUGUGUCAGAAGCCAGGAAGGUACUCUCCCGACUGCAGGAGGAGAAGCCUGACGAUGAGGACCUCAAGAGCGACAAUGCCAGGAUGGGAACAGUCUCUCGGAAGGUAUCGAGAGCGCUGGAGCGGAUGGGCUGUAUGAAGUCCUUUGAACUUUGCAUGCACAUGUUCUUCUUCGCUGACGGUCUUUAUGCACCAUGUGCCAGCUUCCUGGAUGGCUUUCAGAGCUCUGGAGACGAAGCCUCCACACUGUCGCCUCAACUCGGACCACAAGCCUAUGUCCAGCACUCCAGUGAAACAUCGCCUCAAGGCGGCUGCAGUGACACCAGAAGCAAGAACAAGAUGCACGUUGCAAGGCAGCAUGAGGACACCGAGUUCAAGCACCCGGAGACUGCAACACCAUGUGGAAUCUCUCUGCCUCCCGGAUUGGCAUCGAGUGAUGAUGAGCAACCGCUUUGCUUUAGCGAAGCUUUUCCAUAUCCGGGCGUGCCCCAAACGCUGCGAAACACAACAAUUUUCGGGUCUAUUGGCUCUGAGCUCCACGGCACGGGGGACUGCAAACCAUGCGCAUGGUUCUGGCACAACAAGGGCUGUUCGAAGGGCUCAGAGUGCACCUUCUGCCACAACUGUCCACCAGGUGAAUUGAAAGCCCGUCGCAAGCUGAAGGUUAUGAGGCUCCGACAGCAGGAGUAUGAGGAGUCGGCACAGGAGAGACUUCAGCAAAUAUCGCAGGACACCUUCCUGCCGGGAGCUUUGAGUGAUGUGGGAGCGAUGCCUUGGACAAACACGCCCGACAUGCAAGCGGCGACUGCAAAGUUGGAAGCUGACUUGCACGCGAUGGACGGGUCUCCUGUGAAGGUGAGUUACACGGAGUCUUGGCCAUCCGUCGGUUCUCAACAGCAUGGGACAGGCGAGUGCAGGCCUUGUGCUUGGUUCUGGAAGAAAGGAUGCCUCAAUGGACGGGAAUGCCUUCACUGCCACCUGUGCCCAGAGGGAGAACUUCGACGCAAGAAGAAGGACUGCCAUGCACGCAUGUCAUAG